CCCACAUUAAAAGAUAGGUGUUAGUCCCGCAAUGUAUAUCUCCAUCAUCCAGCACUCACGGCUUCGUACCGGGUUUAUCGGAGCUGACCUCUGUCCUUGGUGACUACACGGACAUAUCAAGCUUAAAUCCGAACUCAUAAGUCAGUGGAGUCUCCAUACCGUCUGCCUUCGCAAGACUCCGACAUCCUCGGAACCGUCAUGACGAUACUGAUCACAGGAUCCAACGGCAUCACGGCCCGCCGGUUGACGGCUCUCCUGCACCCUCAAUACCCACUCCUCAUCGCUUCCCGCUCAGUCCGAUCAGAAGCGACCAGUCCACCUCGUGUGCGAUUCGACUGGAAGGACCCGAAGACAUUCACAAACCCCUUCGAACACGCACAGGCCCAGAGGCAGCCCAUCACAGCCGUCUAUUUGGUCGCGCCGACGGGAGAGCAAGACGUUACAGAUGGCGAGCUCACAUUCAUCAGUCUCGCCGCCGGCCGCGGCGUCAAGCGCUUCGUUCUGCUAGGCUCCAGCAUGGUCCCCGAGGGAGGCCCCUUCAUGGGCCAAGUCCACAAGAGACUGCGGGAAAUGAACGGUGUAGAAUGGGCCGUGUUACGGCCCUCCUGGUUCAUGGAGAAUUUCUCCGAACAGCAACACCUCCCCACCAUCCUGCACGAACGGAAGAUCUACACCGCGACCGGACGGGGUCGACUUCCGUUCUGUUCCGCCGACGACAUCGCCGCCACGGCUUUUCAUGCCCUGACGUCCCCCUCGCCGCCUGAUCGGGAAUUCUUCAUCCUGGGCCCGGAUUUGCUGAGUUACGCCGAUGUGGCGCGGAUCCUGACGGACGUCAUCGGCGAGGAAGUCACGCAUGUGGAUCUCAGCUCGGAAGGGUUGAUCGGACGGUUGAUGGCGUUCGGAGUAUCGGGGGCUACCGCGGAGCUUUUGGCGGGGAUGGACGAGAGGAUCAGACGAGGCGCCGAGGAGAGGACGGGCGGGGAUGUGGAAGAUGUGCUUGGGAGGCCGCCGAGGUCUUUGAGACGAUUUGCGGAGGACAAUCGGAGCGUUUGGGCGAGGCAUCGUGGGAAUGUGUGAAGGCGUAACUGAUGUUUCGUUUCUCGCGUCGAGGAGCUUACGAGAUAGACAUAUCGUAGACCAUGUCAAAUGAUUCAAUGGGUA